AGAUCUCUACCUUAUCUGCGCGGUGGUCCAUUGUCGAAGGACGAGUUUCAAUUCAUGAACGUGCAAUUUCGUUGGGGCGCUGAGAACUCGUGCGGCGCGGAGCAUUCCAUAAACGGUAUCUGGUAAGAACGUUUGCAUCUCUUCGCAAGAAAAAACCGCGUGCAAAUCCGAAUAUCAUCCAGUUUGCUCGUCAUUUUUCUUCACUCCAUCCAGGUACUCGAUGGAGGCACAGGUGAUGCAUUGGAACACUCGUUACGGAUCGAUAGACAAGUGCUACGACAAAUCGGAUGGAAUCGCUGUGCUUUCGUAUUUCAUGCAAGUGGUGGGCUGCCCUGGAAUACCGGACAAUCCCUCCCUAGCGGAAAUUACCAACAACUUGUCAAAGAUCAAGACGAUAGGAAGCCAGACCAACAUAUCACCUUAUUGCUUGCUUUGGAUGUUGGAGGGAUGUAAAGGUCACAGUUAUUAUACUUACAAGGGUUCCCUUACCACACCACCGUACCAGGAAUGCGUUAUAUGGAUUAUUUCGCCGAUCGUGAACAAAAUAUCCGUUCGUCAGGUUUACCAGUGACGGGCCAAUCCCCAAUUAACCUAGACGACAGAUUGGUACGAGAGCGAAAAUAUCCUCCACUUGUUUUGAACGGCCAUUGGUUGAACGAAGGCGAAGCGAAGAUGAUAAACAACGGUCAAACUGCGAAAAUAACUUUAAGCGGGAACAGGAUUCCAUCCACGAUUUGCGGUGGGCCGUUGGUAGACGACGUGUACGAGUUCGAAAGCGCGCAUUUCCAUUGGGGAGAGGACAAUUGCAACGGUGCCGAGCAUACGAUAAACAAUACGUGGUAUUCGAUGGAAGGCCACGUGAUACAUUGGAACAGAAAGUAUCACACAAUGGAAGAAUGUUUCAGGCACAAAGACGGUUUCUGCAUUUUGGCGUAUCUGUUUUUGGUGCAACCAGGUUGUUGUAAUUGCAUUAAUCCGCAAUUGGAAAGGAUAACGGAGAACUUGAAGGAUAUCGUGGACACGGAAAUGGAGACGAAGAUACCACCUAACAGUUUAGCUUGGAUGCGUUGGGCUACGUAUUGCAGUAGAUAUUACACAUACUCAGGAUCGUUCAAUGUUGCCGAUUAUCCAGAAUGCGCCACUUGGAUCGUGUUCCCGGUGGUUAUACCCGUGCGAGCCAGCGAAGUAAGUUGCAACACUGCAACUUGUGACCGAGAUGCUGUUAUUAAUCAGAGAUAUCGAUCCACAGAUACAAGAAUUUCGAAAACUGAGGGACAAAGAUGGGAAAUGUAUAAAGUCAAAUUGUCGAGAGAUACAGUUACUAAAGUGUAGACAAAUAUAUUUAGCUGUGCCAAGUUAAUAUAACAAGCAACAUCAUA